AUGAUAAAAAAAACUCGUGUUUGGUUACGUCAACUGGCAUUAGCCUUACAAUAUAUGCAUACACUAGAAUUGGCUCAUCGUGAUUUAAAAUGUGAAAAUAUUUUAAUCACGAAUAAUUUUAAUGUAAAAAUUGCCGAUUUUGGAUUUGCACGUUCUGUAAUCGAUGGAUCUGGUAAAGCUCUUUCAAGUGAAACAUAUUGUGAUUCCUUAUCGUAUGCCGCUCCAGAAAUAUUACGUGUACAACCAUAUGCACCUAAAGUGGCAGAUAUAUGGUCUCUAGGCCUGGAAAAUUUUGAUGAUGAAUAUUUUGAGAAAUUGAAUUCAGAUACAUUUCUUGGUUUUGGUGAAACUCAAGAUAGGCAUGAACGUCAUAAGAAUGUAAUUUUAGAAGAGAAGAGACAAAUAGCACAUGAACAAUUAGAUGAUGAACGAAAAGCAGAUUACAAGGAUUAUUUAUCAAAAAAGAAUGAUAAUUUUUCCAAACCAGAUGAUUAUUUUGAGAAAGUGAAUCCAGAUACAUUUCUUGGUUUUGGUGAAACCCAAGAUAGGCAUGAACGUCAUAAGAAUGUAAUUUUAGAAGAGAAGAGACAAAUAGCACAUGAUCAAUUAGAUGAUGAACGAAAAGCAGAUUACAAAGAUUAUUUAUCAGAAAAGAAUGAUAAUUUUUCCAAACCAGAUGAAUAUUUUGAGAAAGUGAAUCCAGAUACAUUUCUUGGUUUUGGUGAAACCCAAGAUAGGCAUGAACGUCAUAAAAAUGUAAUUUUAGAAGAGAAGAGACAAAUAGCACAUGAACAAUUAGAUAAUGAAAGAAAACAAGAGUACCAAACAUAUUUAUCGAAAACUGAUUAUCAUUUUUCUAAACCAGAUGAAUAUUUUGAGACAGUGAAUUCAGAUUCGUUCCUUGGGUUUGGAGAAGGCGCUAAAAAACCUACCCAUGGUACUCAUGGUCGUAAGAAUGUAAAUUUAAACGAUAGUAGAGAAACUACUAUUGAAAAAUUACAAAAUUCGUUAGAACAAGCUUCUAUUUCAACUUCUGGAAGCUUAAAUUUAUCUAAUUUUGAACAAAAAAUUGAUGAUAAUAAACAGCAGUUAUGGACAUAUUCACCACUUCAUAAUCAGAUAGAGGAAGCUAAAAUACAAAUGAACAGAGAAAAUAAUUUACAAAAUUUUCAAGAUGAAAGGAGACGACAACAUGAGCAAUAUUCUCAAGAAUUAAGCCAACAAAUUGCAGACAAAAAACAAUACAACAUUGUGAAGGCUAAUCGUGAACGAGUAGAAGAUGAAGCCAAUGCCCCAUCGUACUACCAGACUGAUGAAAAUUAUACACAAAUUCAAAGAAAGACUACUUUACGAAACGAAUACGACGAAAAGAGACGCCAAUGUGAAGAAUACUAUGCACAAUUAAAUGAACAAGUGGCAGAUAAUAAACAACUGGGUUCUGAAAAGGCUAAUCGUGAACAGUUAGAAGAUGAAGCCAAUAUACCGCUGCACAUAACAGAUCAGAUAACAGAAAAUGAUGCACAAAUUAAUAGAGAAAUCUGGGAACAAGAUGAAAAGAAACGUAAAAAUGAAGAAUAUCUUCACGAUUUACGUCUACAAAUGGAAGAUAACAAACAACGGAAAAUUGCAACAGCUAAUCUAGAACGCUUAGAAAACGAGGCCAUUGAUCGAUAUGAGCAUAACCAUGGUUGUUUUAAUUAA